AUGUCAUUAAAAAAUUUAGUUGUCGUAGGUCGUAGAUGUAAAAGUUUUAAUUCGACUGAAUGGUUAAAAAGACAUAAUAAUGAUAUUUAUGUAGAAAAAGCUAAAAAAGAAAAUUACCGAUGUCGCAGUGCAUUUAAAUUAUUAGAAAUAAAUGAUAAAUAUAAUUUAGUAAAACCUGGAGAUGUUGUUUUAGAUGUGGGAGCAAGUCCUGGAUCUUGGUCUCAGGUUUUAGCAUCAAAAACAAAUUCAAAUGGGAAAAUUGAUAAAAGUCCCAAAGGAACUGUUAUUGCCAUAGAUAUUUCACCCAUAUUUCCAAUCGAAGGUGUAACUAUUUUAUCUAAUUUAGAUUUUACAAAUGAAUCAUCGCAGGAAAAAAUAAAAGGAAUAACAAAUGGUGAAAAAUUUGAUUUUAUUUUCAGCGACAUGGCUCCCAAAUCGACAGGAGUCAAAAGUUUAGAUCAGGAAAAUAUAAUUAAAUUACUUUAUUCCGUUUUAUUUUUUUCCGUAAAUAAUUUAAAAGGGGGCGGUGGGAUUUUAUUAAAAAUUUGGGAUGGUCAACAUGAGAGACUUGUUAAUGAUAUAAAAAAAUUUUUUAAUUUAUUACAUUUUAUCAAACCUAAAGCUUCGUACAAAUCAUCAUCUGAAUCAUAUUUGCUGGGUAGAGAAUUUAAAAGUAUAAAAACUUAA